AUUUUUCAUACAUAUUAUACUAACUCUGGCGAACUAAAGUAAAUAAAAGUGUUUAUUAUGGAUGAACUUCGAUUGAACAGUUCUUAAGUUUGCAAAAUUUGAAGGAAAUUAUUUCUAUAUCCGAAAAGCGUGUAGUCCAGAGGUGUAUGAAACACUGUCUACUCUCAUGUAGUGUUGAAAUUACCUACUUGUCAACGUAGUAAUAACGUAAUAAAAGAUAGUGUGGCUUAAACAUGAAUGUAUCUUCUUAUCUCCAAUCAUUUGGUCGAAAUAUUUUUCUUAAAGAAAAUAUUUCUAAACUAAUUCAUAACAAAUUCAUAUCAACAUCCAUAAGCAAUCCUAGAUUUAAAAGUGUGAAACUUUCUUAUUCAAUUUUUACACCAGAAGAAAAACCAGUAUCAGAUCCUGUAAUAAUUCUGCAUGGUUUGCUUGGCUCAAAACAAAAUUGGAGGGGCUUGGCAAAAAGCAUUGCAAGAUCAUCUAGAUGUGACGUUUAUGCUUUAGAUGCAAGAAAUCAUGGAGAUAGCCCUCAUUCAGAACAGUUCAGUUACAGAUUGAUGGCGGAUGAUGUGAAACAGUUUAUGAAAUCACAAGAAAUUUCUCAGGCUGUUUUGAUUGGCCAUAGUAUGGGUGGUCGAACUGCAAUGACGGUUGCUCUUUCUGAGAAAGGUUUGGUGAAGAAGUUAGUAAUUGUUGAUGUUUCUCCUAAAAAAAUGCCCAGAUCUGCAUCUGCAUUUAUUCCUUCAUAUAUGACAACCAUGAAAGCUGCUAUUGCCUCCAUUCCUAGUGUUGGACUAGUUCAAGCAAGAAAAAUGGUUGAUGAUUACUUAUCAAAAUAUAUUCCUGAGUUUGGUAUACGUCAGUUUCUUUUGACAAAUCUUGUUGAAAAAGAUAAUCAUAUACAAUGGAAGCCUAAUAUUGAUGUUUUGCAAGAUAAAUUCGAGCAAGAAAUAAUAGAAUUUCCAGAUCUUUCAGAAACUUUUACUGAAGAUACAUUGUUUAUUUGUGGUGGAGAUUCUCCAUAUGUUAAAGAGCAAGACUAUCCUUACAUAAGAAAAUUAUUUCCGAAGGCCCAGUUUGUUGUAAUACCUGGAGCAGGUCAUUGGGUUCACAGUGAGAAACCAGCUGAAUUUCUUGAUACUGUGCGUAACUUUUUAUGAAAAAUAAUUUUAUUUUGAUAAUGAUAAAGAAAUAUACCCUUUUUCAUAAAGGUUAAAUCAAUUGAUGAUACUUGAUAAUCCUUAAAUCAAUUCAAAUAGACUAAUUUUUGAUUGCUUUUUAAUUUUUUUGCAUGGGGUGAAAACAUUUAACGGUAAAUGACCUGGCAUCUAAUGGUAGUGUAAUAGGCAGAAAUUUUUCUUGAUGAAAGAGGUAUCAUGUAUAGUGUAUAAAUGUGUACAAAUAUAAAUACACGGCUAGUGUAGCUACAGUUUUCUUCUGUAGAAGGUUUGCUCCUAGCAUUUCUCAUGAGGAGGGAGGUAGGUCAUUAUAGACUUUUAAUCUAAACUAGGCGUUUCAUAUUGAAUUGAACCACAAUAAUAUCUCAAUAAAAAUUCUGUUAGUGAUUUAUUUAUAUGGAACUAGAAUUUGAAGCUACCAUUUUCCAAGUUUUACAUAGCAACACCGAAGAAUUUGAGGAUUACGAAUUUGUCCUUAUGGGCAGUUUAUCAAAAUAGCAUCAUACAUGCUGGAGAAGCAUGCAAUUUUGGAACGCCCCAAAAAAUCAUCACUUAUCACCAUUCAAAGGCAUUUUGCACGAAAUUUGAUAAAAAACUGCUACAUAGUCAUAGUUUUUUUUUAAUCAAAUUUGAACAUCUAUUAAACAGCGGAGAAAGCAGUUUCAGCUUGAUAGUUUAUCCCUCAUUGUCAGAUUGGUUGUUUGUGUUGUGUUAUACAAUAUACCAAUGCUGUAUUGAUCACUGAGAUCCCUUUGUGAAUUUUUCUAUGGGAUUUUGUUAAAGACAAUGUGCAUAGUUAACGUUCCCGAGUCACCACUAAUGAAGACAGUGGAUCUUCGACCAUCUAAAAUCGAACCGAACCCGGGGCUCUCCGGUCACAAAUUCGAGACCUUACCGAUCAAGCCACCGCGGCCCACCUGAAAGUACACAUUGAGUAUCUGUAGAAAUUUAGCUAGCUAAAGUUUAACUAUUGAUUUGAUUUAGGGUUUGCUUUUCUUUUGUCCCAUUCAUUACAAAAUACCCUGAUUAUCAUACCAGGAUUGGCAGUUUGAUGUAAAACCAAAGGUUCUGGCUGUUUUGUUGUCUAUCCCCCUUUGCCACAACUUUGUAUAUACAUGUAAUUUUAAUUCUUCAUGUUAAUAGGUGGGUUUUAACUCUUCUAUCUCCUUCCUUCACUAUGCUAAUGAUAGAGGGCUGUGAAGUAUUUGUCAGGAAGUGGGCUUGUAUUGACAUUAUGUUCUCCCUUUUGGUAAUGAACAGUAUAAUCAAAAGUGUUUGUCUUUUAAUUCUGGAAUUUAACACCAAUGGCGUGUUUUCUUUUUGUUUGGAAAUAUGGUGACUGUUGGUCUGUGAUCUUUAAGUAGAGUGAAUUUCUUGGAAUUAUGUUACUCUAAUUAUCAAUGAAAGUGCCUCUUUAGAUAUAUUCAAAUAUUUUUGAAGCUAUGCUUCUUGUGGUAUUUUGUGUGGGCAUAGUGAACUGGAAAAAAAAAAAAAAAAAAAAGAUAAAAAAGCGUUUUAACUUUGAUGCACAUGCACAAAGCUUUAGUUAUAAAAUCAUUUAACAAUUUAUCUGCGACCAAGCUUCCAUGACUCAGUUGGCUAGCUCAUUAGGCUGUUAACUGAAAGGUAGGUGGUACAAACUUUUUCAGUGGAGUUAUAUGGUUUUAAUUUUAGAAAAAAAAAAAACAAGUAGGGAGAUUGGCCGACAAAAGUUCUGCUUUUAUUGAAUAACAUAAGCUUCCAAUGUUGAAGUUGAUAAAUUCAACUAUAUUAACCAAAGCUUAAUUCAUCAGCCAGUUACACCACUGCUCCCCUUGACUGUUAUUGCUAAUAUUAAUCUUCAUGACAUAAAUGCAAUGAGAACGUCAUAGGAAUGAAGAGUUGAGAUAUCACUACUCCUGCACCAUAUCUGCUUGCAUCACAAUCUGUAAUUUUUUUUAAACCAAAGUACCAGAAAAAAAAGCUGUUUAGUGUUGAUUUGUUGUUAUUAUUGUCUUGUGCCAGCUAGGCUAGCAAUUUGGUAUGCGUUGCUUCACUUUUUCAACUAUACCUUAAUUUGGUGUGAAGUCCGACUUCCAGAGUAUACACAUGUUAUCAGAACCCGUUUAUAGGGUAGGCAACCAUUCACAGCGCAAUGCAUUCACACAAAGAAAGCACAGGAGAGAGAAAGUGCAUCCAUGCCCAAGCUGGAAUUCAAACCCAGGGCUUCCCCAUUCGCAUCAGACUUUUCUGACCACUAGAGGAAACAAUCUAUUAGCAUUUUUAAUAACGGAUCAGCCCUUUAAGGUCACUUCUGUGGUAUAGUUUUGAGAAAUAACUUAUACAAUGACUCAGCUUAACUUCUGCUAUUGGUUUAAUUUGAAUAAAAUAUGAGAUCAUUAGGUUCUUAAAGGAACUGGAGCAACAAAUAUCACCUUAUAUCAGUGGUGUGCAACCUACAGCUUGCAGUUCAUAUGAGGCCCGAGAAUUUGAUCUACGUGGCCGGUUGUUGUGUUUAAUGGUAAGAAUUGAAAAACAUAUGCAGUGACUUUCAAAACAGCCAAUAGUGUUUAUUCGUUAUUAUAAAUUAUUGUUGCGAAUUUUGAAGCCAAAUAGUGAAAUUGGUUUUUAAAAUACAAAUGAAAACUUUGUAUUUAUGUAAAAAUAAGCGUAGUUGAAAUGAUAACUACAAUUCUUAAUUUGUAUUUUUUUUUCCUUUUCCUUGUAUUCCCAUGUUAUCUAGAAAAAAAUCAUAUACUCGUACAUUUGAAUUUCAUCUGUGCUCUAGUCCACAAGGUCUUCAUUCCUCACAAGAUUCAUCUCAAAAUAAGACACAGACCUCUUAUAAAAAAAGUUGGGCACCCACUGCAUUACAGCUUUGAAAAAUAUAUUAAAUCAAAAAUUUGCGUAAUAAUUUGCAUAUUCAUAUUUUAGAAUUGCAAGUAAGUCCUUUUACAGUACAUGUAGCCAAUCCAGUGAUGAAUUUUUAUGUUAAAAACUGCCCAGUUAUGUUUCUCAAUGCUGAAUCCGGUCCAUCUUGUUAUUACUUUUAGUUUCCUGCUAUAGUACAAGAUUUUUGAUUUUUUUUGUGCAAUUUAUUGUCAAGUGUUUCUUUAUUGUGUUAUUUAUAAAUGUAUUAACAUAGACUUUAUUGUUUAAAUACUAAUAAAAGGC